GAAACGGAAAAUGGCGGAGUUCACCAAUGAAGUGGAGCCACUGUCUCCCGAGUUUCUCAAGCUGUACGAGGCCCAGUUCUUCGGUUUUACUCCACAGACGUGCAUGCUAAGAGUGUACAGCGCCUUCCAGGACUCCCUGUAUGACAUCUUACUCACUUUGGAGGCUGUAUGUGUGAAGAAGUUCGGCGGGGCAGACCCGCAGCCGAAGCUGUCUCAGCAAGCAAGUGAAUGCACCGGAAAACUGCUCAAGUUCCUGCAGGAUCGCAUCCAGCGUCUCUCGAGUCGCAUGGAAACCCUUUUGGUGAAUAACGUUCUAUCAGUUCCCUUGAACGUCUUACUGCCAGAGGACCAGUCACACCAGAAGUACCCACAAGCUGUGGAGCAGGUUUUGAAGCUGGAGAACGAGCUAGCGCAGUUAGAGCAGUCCUACCGAGCAGAGGUGUGCGCCAGGCAGGCAUUGUUAGCAGAACUAGAGGAGCAGAAGUCGGUUCAAGAAGAGCUAGACAGCUUGUUGAAGUGGAUCGGGGAGCUGCGCGUUACCUGGAUGCAAGGUGGCAUCGGCAGCGUCCAAGACAGCUUCACCUUCAUGACGCAGACGGUAAAGCACUUGAAGGCCAUAUUGAAAGAAAUUGCAAAGAAAAGCAGAAGUCUGGAUGAGCCGUAA